GGGCAGCGCUCGAUGGGCGCCAUGUCCGCGACAGAGUCCGAAUCGGACUAUUUUGACGAUGAUUUUAUUGUUCCAGACUCUCCAAACGGAGAGGUUGCCUCACCACGCCCGGCAAAACGCCGCCGCGUCCAAUCGCCGACGCGUGGGAAAGACGGCGACCGUGAUAUCGCGUCAGGAACGGACUCGUUCUCCGAUAUUGAUGAAGAUCUUCCACCCGGGCGAGACUCGUCGGCAGAAUAUGAACAGCAAGCACGAUCCAAGUCCCGUAGCUUCGUCCCUAAGCAGAGCAACUUCCAAGAGAACAUCUUCGUUACCCAACUCACCCAGCCCGACUCGAGCCCUGAACGACUCCGUGGUCCUAGGUGGCAGAAACCAUCACUCCAGUCGCCGCCCCCGGUGACCAUGCCUGAAUCACAAGCCAGAAACUCCAAUAAAUCUGUGCAGCAGCCGGAUGACAACUACUAUGACGAGGAGGAAGCUCUCAGGGCGGCUCUGGCUGCUUCGCUGGAUGCAUUUGAGGACGAGAAGACCAUGCGGGAAACGACGAAUCCCUCUUUACAACAACGUCAACCUGCUCGGAAUGAUGGUCCGGGCGCCGCUAUGGACGCUUCGUUUGAGCUUGAGGAUAUUCCCGAUGAUGCUUUCGAUUCUUCCCCAUCGUUGUCGCCAGUACUACGGCCGGCACAAUUGGCGAACCCCCAAUCAAGCUUCAAUCGAUCCGCAAACCGUCCUCAAUAUAUGCGACAAAUGACGCUUUAUGGCAUGGCUGCACAGAACCAGGUUCAGACGCCACAAGAGAAGGAUUGGGCACCACCGGAGAGAGACGAGCGUCCGACACAUCACAAGUUGAACCAGGACUCAUUGAAUACAUGGUGGUAUCCCACAAAUCUGGGAACUAUUCGAGACUAUCAAUUCAAUAUUGCUCAAAAGGGUCUUUUCCACAAUUUGCUCGUUGCCUUACCAACCGGUCUGGGAAAGACCUUCAUCGCUGCAACGGUCAUGCUCAAUUGGUUCCGAUGGACGACAGAUGCACAGAUGGUAUUUGUUGCUCCUACCAAACCCUUGGUAUCACAGCAAGUAUCGGCAUGUUUGGACAUUGCUGGCAUCCCACGAUCGCAGACGACAAUGCUGACGGGCGGCGCUGCUCCCGGUCUUCGUGCAAAGGAGUGGCAAUCUAAACGCGUGUUCUUCAUGACUCCGCAGACCUUGAUCAACGACUUGAAGACCGGAAUUGCAGACCCCAAGCGAAUUGUGUUGUUGGUCGUCGAUGAGGCCCACCGUGCUACUGGAGGCUAUGCUUACGUAGAAGUGGUUAAAUUCCUGCGACGUUUCAACCAGAGUUUCCGUGUCCUGGCAUUGACAGCCACUCCCGGAUCUACGGUCGAAUCGGUGCAAGCAGUUAUCGAUGGCCUUGACAUAUCACGAGUCGAAAUUCGCACAGAAAAUUCGAUUGACAUCCGAGAAUACGUCCACAACCGUGAUGUCGACAUCGAGACGUUCGAAAACUCGGAUGAGAUGAUCUUUUGCAUGGAUUUAUUAUCCACCACACUGCGACCGCUGGUCAGCCAACUUCGGACUAUGAAUGCUUAUUGGGGAAACGAUCCCAUGGGUCUGACAGCCUUCGGUCUCACCAAGGCAAGACAACAGUGGAUGGGGUCUGAUGCCGGCCGCAAUGCCAAUUUUGGGCUUAAAGGCAAGGUCAACGCUAUUUUUACCGUUCUUGCAAGCCUAGCGCAUGCUAUCGACUUGUUGAAAUAUCACGGUAUCGUGCCGUUUUACCGUCACAUAUUGCAUUUCAAAUCCAACACCGAUGGUCAGAAGGGAGGCAAAUGGCAGAAGCAAGUUGUACAAGAUGAGAGUUUCAAGAAGCUUCUCAGCCACCUUGAACCUUGGACAAAGAAUCCGGAGUUUAUUGGACAUCCUAAACUGGAAUAUCUCAAGUCGGUGAUAUUAAACCAUUUCAUGGAUGCAAGGGAAGGGAAAGAGAACGUGGACGGAAAUGGAAGGCCUGCAACGAGAGUGAUGAUAUUUGUGCAUUUCCGUGACAGUGCGGAAGAGGUAACCAGAGUGCUCCAGCGCUAUGCUCCUAUGAUCCGGCCACAUGUCUUCGUGGGACAGAGCUCGGCAAAGGGCUCUGAAGGAAUGGAUCAAAAGACCCAGCUGUCGAUCAUCGAGAAAUUCAAAGGUGGAACCUACAACACGAUCGUUGCUACCUCAAUCGGUGAAGAAGGUCUGGAUAUUGGUGAGGUCGAUCUCAUCGUCUGUUACGAUUCCUCCGCAUCACCUAUUCGCAUGCUGCAACGGAUGGGUCGAACGGGCCGUAAGAGAGCGGGCAGAAUCACCUUGCUGUUGAUGAAGGGCAAGGAGGAGGAUAACUUUACCAAAGCGAAAGACAACUACGAGAAGAUGCAGCAAAUGAUCGCCAGUGGAACCCGGUUCACCUUUCACGAUGACCGAUCUGCUCGUAUUCUGCCUCCGGGGAUGCGCCCAGUCCCCGAUAAGCGACAUAUCGAUAUCCCUCCAGAGAAUUCCCAGCAAGAGCUUCCCGAACCGAAGCGCAAGGGCAAGAUACCUAAGCGUCCCCCCAAGAAGUUUCAUAUGCCUGAUGAUGUGGAGACCGGUUUCGCUCGCGCCUCGACGCUGGAGGAGAGCUUCGCCAAGUCGGCAAAGCAGAAGCCGACACCUAAAAACCGACCACGCACACCCACACCGGAGCCAGUGGAGGUGCCGCUAUUGAAGGACGUUGUGCUGUCUGCAAGCGAGCAGCAGGAGCUGGAGCAUCACUAUCAGAAUAUUGGCGAUACCUCACCACAAUUCAUUCGCUACCCGCGAACCGAUGCUUUUCCACAACUGCAGCUCGUUCCCAGACCAACUAAGACGGUGACACAUGGCUCUUUGACCCGUCGGAUGAUCACAACAUUGCAAAAGAUGGACAAAGCUGGGCCCGACUGUGAGGAUCGAUAUAAGCAGAUCAUAGCAAGGGAGACCGAGAAGGCUACCAAAGCUCCCCGUCGAUCGUCUUCUGGCUCUACGAAGCAGCCAGGCCGGUCUCAAGUCACGAAACCCUCUAAGAGUCUUGGGCCCUCCAUAUCCGUGGCUCCGGAUUAUGAACACGAUGAAAUCUCCGCAUUGAUGUCGCCCAAUCUUUCCGACUCGGAGCCCCAGCUUCAGCCACCACCCCCGAUACCCAUCGAAAGUGACUUUGACUCUGAUGACUCCGAUUCUGACCUUCCAGAUGCCAGUGUCAUCUUUCAGUCAAAGCCAAAGGCUCAACCUCUGCCCGUACCACAGCCACGGAGACAAAAGAGGAUUGUCUUUUCCGAUAGUGACAGUGACGAGUGAUGAACAAAAACCCGUGGGAAUUGUUGUUAGUGUAAUAUCGGGUUCGGCAUUUGUAGCCCCCUAAUAACUUACACAUAUGUACAUAGAACGAUCAAGUCAUAAUUGGGGCCAGA